GCCAGCUUCUCCAGGAGAAUAUUGUGGGAGACAGUGUCUCAAGAUGAACCUCUUCAUAAUCUUCCCCGGCACCGAGGUCAGGCUGGCAGGACUGUAGUUCCCCCAAAACAGUAGCACAAGGACCAGUUGUUCCCAAGAGUACGUGGCUGGAGCCAUAUGAUCUUAUCAACACAUUUGAGAGCCCUACCCAAACACUGAGAGAGGUUUUGCUGCAGCAAUGACUGUCAUAGAAGAAAGUCGCCCUUUUGCCCAGCAGCUAUCCAAUGUCUACUUUACUAUACUUUCCCUUUUUUGUUUUAAACUUUUUGUGAAGAUCAGCCUUGCUAUACUUAGUCAUUUCUACAUUGUGAAAGGAAACCGUAAGGAAGCAGCAAGGAUAGCUGCUGAAUUUUAUGGAGUUCCUCAAGGACAAGGUUCUUGGGCAGAUCGCUCACCUCUGCAUGAGGCAGCCAGUCAAGGACGUCUUCUUUCUCUAAAGACUUUAUUGUCACAGGGGUACAAUGUAGACACUCUAACAAUUGACCAAGUAACUCCACUUCAUGAAGCCUGCCUGGGAGAUCAUGUAGGAUGUGCAAGAAUCCUUCUUGAAGCAGGAGCAAAUGUAAAUGCUACAACAAUUGAUGGAGUGACACCUUUAUUUAAUGCAUGUUCGAGAGGCAGCGCGGCAUGUGCUGAACUCCUGUUAGAAUAUGGUGCCAAAGCUCAGUGGGAGUCCUGUCUUCCGUCACCAACUCAUGAAGCAGCCAGCAGAGGUCACAGCGAAUGUCUGGAGGUACUGAUAUCCUGGGGUAUAGAUGUCGACCAAGAUCUUCCCCAUUUAGGAACACCUCUGUACGUAGCAUGUGUUUCACAGCAGAUCCAUUGUAUUCGAAAGCUUCUUUAUGCAGGUGCCAAUGUGCAGAAAGGAAAGCAUCUGGAAACUCCACUCCAUGCUGCUGCCCAGCAUUCUAGUACAGAGAUUGUAAACUUACUCCUUGAAUUUGGGGCAGACAUAAAUGCCAAAAAUACAGACUUUGAGAGGCCUGUUGAUUUAGCUGCUCCAAGCAGCUUAGUGGAGAGACUGCUGCUUCUUCAUGAAGCCACACCAUCUUCUCUUUGUCAGCUCUGCCGACUAUGUAUUCGAAAUUACAUAGGAAGAGCUAGACUGCAUCUUGUCCCACAACUCCAGUUGCCAACAAUACUGAAGAAUUUCUUACAGUAUAGAUAACAUAGUAAUUAACCUUUAGAAACUUGAAUAACACGUACUUUUUCUUCUUUCUGUUUAUUGUACAUUUUAUCUAAAGAACUGCUGAGCGGAAAAAAAGCCUUUUGCAUAUUACUUAAAAAAAAAUGUAUCUUUCACACGUGGUGUUGGUAUAUAAUAAUAAUUGGGAGCCAUUCAGCAACUGGUACCAAGGUGCUAAUAAGGCUGAAUUGAAUAAGUGUGCUGAUACUCUGAGAAAUGAUUGUGUAGCUUUAGCUUAACACUUACUAAAUAGCUUUAGUGCUGUUAAUUGUAUUUAUAAUUUUAAAAUCUGUUUGACACACAUGAAUCACAAAGAGUUUCUUCAUUAUUAUUUGUUAAGUUUGUCCAUUUGCAGUAAUUAUUUUAUGUGUUUUUAAAUUUCUAUUGUUUCUGUACCUAAAAAUACUUGGUGAUAGGUGCACUAUAUACAUGGAUAAAAAUAAA